AUGGCUUAUGCUUAUCUUUUCAAAUACAUCAUUAUUGGCGAUACCGGCGUCGGUAAAUCCUGUUUACUGCUUCAAUUUACUGAUAAACGAUUUCAACCUGUCCAUGAUCUGACCAUAGGUGUGGAAUUCGGUGCACGUAUGAUCACCAUUGAUGGUAAACAGAUCAAACUACAAAUAUGGGAUACCGCUGGUCAAGAAAGUUUUCGUUCAAUUACUCGUUCUUAUUAUCGUGGCGCAGCUGGCGCUCUUCUUGUUUAUGACAUAACACAACGACACACGUUCAAUCAUCUGACCAGUUGGCUAGAAGACGCAAGACAACAUUCGACGUCAAAUAUGGUCAUCAUGCUCAUUGGAAAUAAAUGUGAUUUAUCUGCACGACGUGAAGUGCAAAAAGAAGAAGGCGAAGCAUUCGCACGUGAACAUGGAUUGAUCUUUAUGGAAACAUCGGCUAAAACAGCUGCCAAUGUCGAAGAUGCAUUUAUCAACACUGCACGGGAAAUUUAUACCAAAAUUCAAGAAGGUGUUUUUGAUCCAACAAAUGAAGUUACUGGUAUUAAAAUUGGGCCUCAAAUUGGUAAUCCUGGUGGGGCGCCUCCUCGUCAGAGUCCGGCGCAAGUCAUUGAUUGUUGUGUGUGUAUCGACGAGUGUUUUAGAAUGGCUGAUCUAGUUGAUGAAGUGCAACUGCGAACGGCGGAAGAAGCGAAAACUGUUUCGGCUUUUAAGAAUGAUGUUGAGAAUCUUUACGUGUAUCGUGAUGAUCUAUUCAAACCAAAGUCGAAACCGACGGAAUCGGUGAAAAAUCGUUAUAAAUUAAUUCGCACACGGCUUGAACAAAUCCUCUUGAAUUACAAUGAAAUUGAAGAACAAAUUCGUGAUCCAUGUCAACGAGCACUGUUUUCCUAUUGGAAAGGUCGUGCAUUUAAUAUCUUUCCUGAAUACGAUAAACGUGCGACGGAUUAUUUGAGUAAAGCCGCACUUCUUCAACCGUCGAAUGUGCUGACGUUAAACGAACUCGGAGAAAGUUAUGCAAAGAACGGCGAAUUUGAAAUGGCGGCCAAUUGUUUUAAAAAUGCGAAUAACAAAGAGAAAAGUCGUGCAGUUUUGAGAAAUCUGUCGAUUGUUACCCGUCAAUUAGCUUCGAAAGUGACUGAUCGUACUGAACGAAAUCGUAUGAUCGAAGAAAGUAUCCAAUACGCUAAACAAGCGGUUGAACUCGAUGUUAAAGAUGGUGCUUCUUGGUAUACACUUGCCAAUUCUUAUGUCUGUUUUUAUUUUAUGGUUGAAAAUCAUCCGAAAAAUUUAAAACAAGCAUUUAGCGCUUAUAAUCUUGCGCUCAAAGAUCCAGCAUCGGAGAAUGAUGGCGAUUUACAUUACAGUCGAGGAGUGGCACUUCAAUAUCAUGAAGAUUAUGCCGAAGCUCUUGCUUCCUAUGAACAUGCCCUCGAACUGGAUGGUGAAAAUGAAGAUGCACGGAACAAUCAAGAUCAAUUACUUAGUUAUUUACGUACAAUUACCGAUCUGAUCGCAUGCAAAGGUCGAAUCAAACCAAAGAAGUUCAAAACGUUAAUAUCAAUUCUAAACGAAACACCUCCAUUCUAUAACAAUGUUGUUCCACUUCAAUUUCUUCGUCCAGGCGAGAAUGAAAACGCCACAUAUCGCGGCACUGUCGUUGCCAGUCUGGGCGUUCAAGACGUUAAACUAAUGUUUAUCUUAGUUGAUACGGAAGAACGUUGUGUUUUAGUAACUGUGUAUUAUGUUGAUAUUUCGACAUCGGUUUCACUUGGUGAUAUUAUCGAGAUUCCAAAACCAGUUUAUCGUUUGAUGAAUAUCGAAUGGCGAAAAGAGAAAUUUUCGAUUCCGGCAUUACGAGUUGAUUCGCCAAAGAAUUUGAAAAUCAAUGGAAAAGAUUGGCCCAUGAAUACCUACGCUCCACCUGCGAUUUCACUCAAAGUGAAAUUUUAA